AUGGGUGCAGGUAUUGCCCAGGUGACUGUGGACAAGGGCAUUCACACCGUCCUGAAAGACACCACCGUGGAGGGCCUGAGCAGGGGCCAGCAGCAGGUCUACAAAGGGUGGGUUUACCAGAGAGCAAUAGCACACUGCUAACUAGCUAUCGAUGCUACAUCGGCUACACAAUGUUCUGGUUGUCUGGCAUAUGGGAUCACAGAGGGGAGGGAUGCGGUUAAAACUCCUAGGAAUGGUUUCCUACAGAUUAAGCCUGGUCUUGGAUUUAGAAGCAUUUUUAUUGGAAAUUCUAUAUUUUUUGUACCGGACUAGGCUUAAUCUGUGUCUGGGGAACCGGCCAUAGUUCACCCAAAUUACAAAAUGACAUAUUGGUUUCAUUACUCUGUAUGCAGUCUAUGGACAAGGUAUGACAGCAAUCCAUGCUUUGGUUUAGUUUCCCUGGCACUGUUUCCACAUGCUUACGUUUUAGUAUUUGUGGCACAAAUCCCAUUCAAGUCAUGGGACCGAUAUUAGCAUUUUUCGCGCAUAAUGUUAAAAUCAUUUGUGACUUUGUUGAGCAUCACAAUACAUUUUAGAUACUUUUGGAUGAUUUGGACAUGAUGCGUGAAAUGCUAAUAUCCUUCUCAUGACUUGAAUGGGAUUUGUGCCACAAAUGCUAAAAGGUUAGCAUGUGGAAACAGUGCUAUGGAAACUAAACUAAAGCAUGAAUUGCUGCCAUACCUUGUCCAUAGACUGCUUACAGGGUAAUGAAACCAAUAUGUCAUUUGGGUGAACUAUUACAUUACUUACAGGAGCAAUUAGCCAUCCUGGGAAAAUCGACAGAUUUUUCACGUAGUCGGUUACUGGACCAACGCUCUUAACUGCUAGGCUACCUGCCGCCCGGUUCCCUAUCCCUUUAAAGCAUAGUUGGAGUUGUUGGUGAAGGAACUAAAUGAAUGUUGUUGAACCUGCCCUAAUCUCUCUUGACAGACUGUUAACAUAAAUGUAAAUCCAGUAACUGACGCACACAAGAUUUGGUUCUGGGUACCGAUAUUAAACCUGCCCUCACUUUCCUCACCAGCCUCAAUGACAAAACCAAAAAGAAAGCCAUCACGUCAUUUGAGAGGGACUUCACACUGGCCAGCUUAACUGGCCAGUUGGACUACAGCGGCUUUGAGAAGGCUGACAUGGUCAUAGAAGCUGUGUUUGAGGAUAUCAACAUCAAACACAGAGUCAUCAAGGAGGUUGAAGCUGUAAGUAGCGCUGAAUGUUAAAAUCAGGGCUGUGUUCAUUAGGGCAUGCAACGGAAAGAGUUUUCUAACACAACAUAAAUAAGCAUUUCUUAUUGGACAAGAUGUUUGUUUUAAAUUUAACUUUUGUGUUUCAUCGCAGGUGAUCCCCCCUCACUGUAUAUUUGCCACCAACACAUCUGCUCUCCCCAUCAAAGAUAUUGCUGCUGCUAGCAUGAGGCCAGAAAAGGUAUGUUUACUAAGAGUUCAAUAGGGAGCAGACGUCUAGAAUUACCUCUCUACAUGUUUUUUGUGGUUGGGGCUGGGUACUGUGACAGCAAAACAUUCUUUGUAAGUAAGCAAGUCUUGGACAACUAUGCCUUGUCUGAGCCAGAAUGGUUCAGAGGGACAGGAGCCUCUGUACCGUGAGCAGGGCUCAAAAUUAUUUUAAAAAAUCAUAGCACUGGUGGUCCCAACUUUAAAAAGUUAGGAGCACCACAUGAAAUUUAGGACACCAGAUGUAUUUUUAUAAUUGAUUGAGAAACUGCCUAUAUGGAUUCUAGCUACUUUUGAAGCACAUGUUGUGCCCUAGAAACUAAUUUGUAGUACUGUAAAUACAUUUGUUUAUUAUAAAAGCUCAAAUGUUGUUACGAAUACCUAUCAUUGAAAUUACAAUGUCAUUUGUGGAGUAUUAGGUUUCUAGAUUGUGUAAAAGCACUAUUUUCCUAUUAAGAUGCAUUACAUUGAAAAUUGUACACCGUCUCUUUGAAAACAUCAGGAGAUAUGUCAUUCAUUCAUUGCUAUGAUCAUUGAUCUCCUGAAGAAGCUAUCUCUUUUCCUUUCUUUCUGUGCCCCCAAAUGUUUGGAUAUACUGGUAAAGUUACCAGGUAGUUAGCUAGCUAGCCAACGAGGUAACAUGACUGAACAAAGUGUAAACAAUCGUUAACGACGUUGAGUUUUAGAACUGCCCACGACAUGGUUUAUGAGUGUAAAAUGCAGUAUAGGAAAAUAAAAAUGUUCCACUGGUAAUAUGGGUCACAUCUUUGACCUGGUUAAACUAAAAGCAAGCCGUUUUUGCAGUAGUAAUGGUGCAACCAUGACGCUAAUGAAUCUGCACUCACUUGUUUCUGUAGGGUACUCUGAAACAACGGUACAGUGAAGCCUUAUCAUUACAAUCAUUGUUAUCUGGGAGAUUUUUUUCAUAGUCGCACAGUGCUCCCAAAAUAAAACUCCUGGUCGCACAGCAAAAUAUUUUGUUGCACUUUAGAGCCCUGACCGUGAGGCAGCUUGAUGUACAAGUAAAUCCCCUGGACAGGAUGCUAGUCUGUCACAGGGCUUUACCCCUAAUCCAUCUUCUUGGUUGAGUGCUUUGGUAUGACUCGACCGGGGCAAUCCCAAUCUCAGUGCGGACACACAAGGCCACUGAGUUGGUUAUUUUGUAUAAAUGGAUACAGUUAAAUAAAGUUGUAUUGUAUUCUCUAUUCCUGUAGGUGAUUGGCAUGCACUACUUCUCUCCAGUGGACAAGAUGCAGCUGUUGGAAAUCAUCACUACAGAUAAGACCUCUAAAGACACCACCGCCUCUGCUGUAGCUGUAGGCCUGAAGCAGGGGAAAGUCAUCAUCGUUGUCGGGGUGAGUGAGCUUCUGCUUAGUGCUUACUUUCUGUAUUCUUCCUAAGCGUGUUGAUAAGCAUAAUGAUGCUAAUACAUGGAUUUUAUAUAUAAAGUGCUUUUCAUGGGCCCAUAAUAAUUUGUGUUCUUUGUUGUUUGCAGGAUGGACCUGGGUUCUACACCACCAGGUGUCUUGCUCCUAUGUUAGCUGAGGCAGUGAGAGUACUACAGGUUAGUGUUAUUACACACACACAAACUGGACGUGUCCGAAUGCCCAUACUAGUGUACAACAUACUUCACCUGCAUACUAUGUAUUCUUCAUCGCAUACUAUUUAGCACGUACCGUUUAGUAAAAAGUAUGCAGUAUGCCACAACCCAGUAGCGGCUCCUUACUGGCUGAGUAGGUGGGGCGGGGUCCGAGUGCAGGUGGAUUUUUCCAAAUUCAACAGGCAUGCAUCGCAUUAACCAGCUAAUUUCCAAUUCGAUACAUUUCUCUAAACUCUGAAUAGAAUAGCAAUGGAGUUAUACGCCUUCUCAGGCUGGUUAUAGGCAGACUAUCACAUUCGACCUAUACCAUAGCCCAUCUAUCCUAUUUUAAAAAGGACUGAAGACAGAAACGGAACAUUUGGUUUCAUUUCAACAUAUUUAUUAGUGAAACCAAAGUGCUUUAACAUAUAUACAUUAAGUCAAAUAGCCUAGUACACACACAAAAACGUUUCAAAUGUUCAAAUCAAAAGGCGAUUACACAGAAAAGCGUGGACAUUCGGGUACAAUUUCAGAACCGCUGGACAGCAACAUAAUAAACUAAAGCACUGAUCAUUGGGAACGAGAUCAGAAUGACUACUAAGGCUUGCUCCAUAAAUUUAAUAAUUAAAUGGGUAGCCUCGCAAAAGGCCUGAUUAACAUGACAUCAAUAACGCAGCCAUAUACCGAGUCCCCGGUGCCGACACAUUCAGAAAUCAAAAGAUGGUUUAGGAUUUACUUUAAAAGCUCUGAGGAAGGCCAAGAGAACAAACACUUUUCAAUGAGAAAACAGAAAUCCCGUUUGGUAAAAAAAAUACUUCGGUUUUCAAAGAUGUAGCCUGUGAUGGAAGGAGCACAAAAACGACUUAGCCUUCAUUUGAACACCACCGCAGAAGCUUCGCUAUUUGGCAUCUUCCCAUUUAAGUAGCCUAGUUUUGUUGUUUGGCUACUUGAAGAGAACUAGGCCCUAUCACUCGAAGCCCACCUCUUCCAAUGCAUUGUGGAAAAGUGUGUAUCGAAUUCUACUAGAUGGAAAGCUGAAAUUAGUAUAAUAUCUUGGCAUUUAAACCGUACUUGAUCUUUGAAAAUUCACAUACUAUAAAAUGUUCAAUUUUUCGCAUACUGACAAUUUGUCAUGCGCUAUUGCGUUGUUUUGCAUUAUUGGUUAAUUUCGGUAGCCGUAUGACAUCCGAUCCGGGCAUUUAAAGUAUACUUGAGUUUCAAAAUGUCACAUACUAUAAAACAUUUAAAAAUUUCAAACUGCCUAUUACACAAAUACUCAAACUGCCUAUUAUUUAAGACGCAAGUAUGAGUAUUCAGAAACGGCCACUGCGUUGGGAUGGUGUGGGUAUUGCAUACGUCCAAUAAUAUUUUAUAUUUACCUUUAUGUCUGUGCUGUGUGUGUUCUCAGGAGGGAGUAGACCCCAAGAAGCUGGAUGCCCUGACCACAGGCUUUGGGUUCCCAGUGGGUGCUGCUACACUGGCUGACGAGGUGGGUAUUGACGUGGCUGCCCAUGUAGCUGAAGACCUGGGCAAAGCAUUCGGCUCGAGGUUCGGAGGUGGAAACAUUGAGGUGCUGAAGACUAUGGUGGAGAGAGGAUUCAAGGGUAAAUUCUUGUUUGCAGGACUUUGAGACGAAGACUCUUUCUUAAUCAAUAUUUCCUCGAUCCCUUGCAUCCUCUCACCUUGCCUUUUUCUCAAAAUGCAUUGGGAGGGACUUUAAAUAUUGUCCUCCAUUGAGGUUUGAGAAGGAGUCAAGGAGAGAGUGGACGCGAGGAAUCUAGGGAAAAUUGUGGGAGCCAAAUGCUAUAUUGGUAAUGCAUGGUCAUCAUUGGUAUAUCUGAUACCCAAUUUAUUUAAUCAACAGGCCGCAAAUCAGGAAAGGGAUGCUACGUCUAUACGCCAGGACUUAAAAGCAAAGAUGUCAACCCCGAUAUUGAAGACCUCUUGGAGAAAUACAAAUUGACACCAAACCCUUUAGUGUAAGUAGUAACCACUGGGGAAUUGUCUUCUCUAAAGCAACUUAAAGUACAUUGAAUGCAUAAAAACUAAAAAUCUGCAUUUGUUACCAACUGAGCCAUAUAGGAUCAUACACUCACCACACCACCACUUAACCCUGUCUGUAUCUUCUCCCUCCAGGUCUUCAGACUCUGAUGUCCAGUACCGUCUGGUCUCUCGGUUCGUCAACGAAGCAGUUAUGUGUCUGCAGGAGGGGAUCCUGAACGGCCCUGUGGAGGGAGACAUAGGAGCUGUGUUUGGUCUGGGAUUCCCCCCCUGCCUUGGAGGUGAGUGUUCAUUCCAUACCAGGGGUAUUCAUAUACAGUUGAAGUCGGAAGUUUACAUACACUUAGGUUGGAGUCAUUAAAACUCGUUUUUCAACCACGCCAAAACUAUCAUUUGUUAUAAAGAAAUUUGUGGAAAGUCGGUUAGGACGUCUACUUUGUGCAUGACACAAGUAAUUUGUCCAACAAUUCUUUACAGACAGAUUAUUUCACUUAUAAUUCACUGUAUCACAAUUCCAGUGGGUCAGAAGUUUACAUACACUAAGUUGACGGUGCCUUUAAACAGCUUGGAAAAUUACAGAAAAGGAUGUCAUGGCUUUAGAAGCUUCUGAUAGGCUAAUUGACAUAAUUUGAGUAAAUUGGAGGUGUACCUGUGGAUAUAUUUCAAGGCCUACCUUCAAACUCAGUGCCUCUUUGCUUGACAUCAUGGGAAAAUGAAAAGAAAUCAGCCAAGACCUCAGGAAAAAAUGUGUAGACCUCCACAAGUCUGGUUCAUCCUUGGGAGCAAUUUCCAAACGCCUGAAGGUACCACGUUCAUCUGUACAAACAAUAGUACGCAAGUAUAAACACCAUGGGACCACGCAGCCGUCAUAUUGCUCAGGAAGGAGACGCGUUCUGUCUCCUAGAGAUGAAUGUACUUUGGUGCGAAAAGUGCAAAUCAUUCCCAGAACAACAGCAAAGGACCUUGUGAAGAUGCUGGAGGAAACAGGUACAAAAGUAUCUAUAUCCACAGUAAAACAAGUCCUAUAUUGACAUAACCUGAAAGGCCGCUCAGCAAGGAAGAAGCCACUGCUCCAAAACCGCCAUAAAAAAGCCAGACUACGGUUUGCAACUGCACAUGGGGACAAAGAUCGUACUUUUUGGAGAAAUGUCCUCUGGUCUGAUGAAACAAAAAUAGAACUGUUUGGCCAUAAUGACCAUCGUUAUGUUUGGAGGAAAAAGGUGGCAGGCUUGCAAGCUGAAGAACACCAUCCCAACCGUGAAGCACAGGGGUGGCAGCAUCAUGCUAUGGGGGUGCUUUGCUGCAGGAGGGACUGGUGCACUUCACAAAAUAGAUGGCAUCAUGAGGAAGGAAACUUAUGUGGAUAUAUUGAAGCAACAUCUCAAGGAAGUUAAAGCUUGGUCGCAAAUGGGUCUUCCAAAUGGACAAUGACCCCAAGCAUACUUCCAAAGUUGUGGCAAAAUGGCUUAAGGACAACAAAGUCAAGGUAUUGGAGUGGCCAUCACAAAGCCCUGACCUCAAUCCUAUAGAAAAUGUGUGGGCAGAACUGAAAAGGUGUGUGCGAGCAAGAAGUCCUACAAACCUGACCUUACACCAGCUCUGUCAGGAGGAAUGGGCCAAAAUUCACCCAACUUAUUGUGAGAAGCUUGUGGAAGGCUACCCAAAACGUUUGACCCAAGUUAAACAAUUUAAAGGCAAUGCUACCAAAUACUAAUUGAGUGUAUGUAAACUUCUGACCCACUGAUUUAAAUAAAUAAAAGCUGAAAUAAAUAAUUCUCUCUACUAUUAUUCUGACAUUUCACAUUCUUAAAAUAAAGUGCUGAUCCUGACUGACCUAAGACAGGGAAUUCUUACUAGGAUUAAAUGUCAGGAAUUGUGAAAAACUGAGUUUAAAUGUAUUUGGCUGAGGUGUAUGUAAACUUCCGACUUCAACUGUAUAAGCCUGGAGGUCCGGAGAGAGUACUACUGGUUUUCUGUUCUAUAUAAUUAAUUCUGAUAAAUUAACUGCGCCCACCUGGUGUCCCAGGUCUAAAUCAGUCCCUGACUAAAAGGACAAUAAUGAAAAUCAGCAGUGGAACUGGACUCGAGGUCUAGAUUUGAAUAUUCCUGCUUUAUACUAUGCUAUAUGGCACUUACAGUACAGUGUGGGUGUACAUGUUUAGGAUGUGUAUCUAAUCCCUGUGGGAAUUGAACCCAUGACCUAGCACCAUGCUUUUACCAGCUGAGCCACACACACAGGAUGAUCACUUGACAUGCGCAUAAACAGCUCUAGUGUUGUAUGUGGUGUUGAACUCUUUUCAGCUUUAAUAGUAGGCAGAGAGCCUUUUGUUGUGCUACAAUUAGGAAUGUUAUUUUACCUUCUCUUUGACCUUCCCUGUUUAGUCCUUUCCGGUUUAUGGAGCCGGACUUGACUGAAAAUAAUUUGACUAUCCAAUUUUUGUAUUACAGACUGAGCUAUCAGAUAUGCCUAUAUUAUAAUAUUAUGCUUUCAUCAUGGGAUGGCCUUUUGAAAAGUGUAAUCCUACAAACAUCGUUUUAACCUUCUCUUUAAACCUUCUCUGUUCAGGUCCUUUCCGGUUUGUGGAUACCUUUGGUGCCAACAAGCUAGUGGAGAAGAUGAAGAGGUAUGAGGAGGUUUACGGCAACCACUUCACCCCGUGUCAGCUACUGCUGGAUCACGCCAAGGACUCCAGCAGGAGAUUCCACAAGUGA